AUGACAGUGACCGUUGACAAUGCCAGUGCAAAUGAUAGUGGUGUUAGUUAUUUGAGGAAACAGAUGAAUAGUUUAAAAACCAGCAUAGCCCAAGGGAAGUACCUACACAUGAGAUGUGCUGCCCAUAUAGUUAAUUUGAUUGUGCAAGAGUGUUUGAAAGAGGUACUAGAAUCUAUCAAACGUGUUCGUGCUGCAGUGAGAUUUGUGAAGAAUGGCACCUCUAGGUUAGUAAAAUUUAAAGAGUGUGCUAUUUUGGAGAAGGUGGACACCAAGGCAUUCUUGAGCCUUGAUGUUUGCACCAGGUGGAACUCAACCUAUGAUACGCUAAAAGCUGCAUGCGCUUAUGAAAAAGUGUUUGCAAGGUAUGCAGAUGGAGAUCCAUACUUUACAAUUGAAUUGAUUAGUGACAAGGGUCCAGGUGUUCCCGAUGAGCAAGAUUGGGAGAAUGCGAGGAAAAUGGCUGAAUUUCUAGGCCAUUUUGCUGAAAUCACUAAAAGGGUUUCAGCAUCAUUAAGUGCAACUUCUCACACAUACUUCCAUGAGAUUGGAGAGGUGAACAUUUUGGUGAACAACUGGCUGAACAGCAGUGAUCCUAUCCAAGCAACAAUGGGGAAGAGAAUGAAAGAUAAGUUUGACAAGUAUUGGGGACAGUGGCAUGACAUUGUAGAGAAUGAGAGUGAGAAGGCAAAGGGAAAAGAGAAGGACAAGGAGAACAUCAACUUGCUGAUUUUUGUGGCUGUCGUUCUUGAUCCUAGGUACAAGCUUUCACAGUAUACAGAAUUUGCCAUUCAUCAAAUUUAUGGUCAAAGUACUGGAGAGAAGGUGUGGGCAGCAGUGAACAAAGGCUUGCAUGGCCUUUUUGAGGAGUAUAGGGCCACCUUUGCUCCAAGUGAUGGCACACCCCAAUCAACUGAAAGUGAGUCACCACAAUCUAAACAAGUGGGAGGGUCUGAUAGAAUGAUGAAGAGUAUGUACGCCAAGAGGAUGAAGCUGAACAGUGGCUCAAGCUCCUCCUAUAAUAGAGGCAGCAGGACUGAAUUGGAGAAAUACCUAGCUGAGGAGUGUGAAGAUGAUAUUAAAAAUUUUGACAUUCUUGCUUGGUGGAAAGGACAGUCCUCUAGAUUCCCCAUACUAUCUAGGUUGGCUCGUGAUGUGCUGGCCAUUCCAAUCUCAACAGUUGCAAGUGAAUCUGCAUUUAGCACAUGUGGGCGUAUAAUGGAUGAUUUCAGAACUUCACUUACCCCUUUUAUGGUGGAAGCUCUUGUUUGUACCCAAGAUUGGCUUAAGAGGGCUACACCAACCAAUAUUGCUGAGAAUACUGAAGAACUAACUUAUCUAGAAGAAGAGCUGAUUAAAGAGUUUAAAGACAAAGCAAUCAUUGAAAACAAAGCUUCCAAGGCACAAGUAGAGGGCAGCAAGGCUACCACCAGUACCAAGAGCAAGGCUACCACCACUACCAAGAGCAAAUCUUCCAAAACAUGCAAAAGCAAAGUCUCCAAUUCAAAACCUACCUAA